GCAUGCGUGUUGGGUCAGUUAGCGAAAGCGUUUUCUGUUUUUCACAAGUUUCUAGUCGAUAGCCGUCAUAGUUUAUGACAUUUUCUGUAUUUGGUAUACGUGAAAUUAAAAUAGAGAGAGAUUAAGUGGUCAUGGCGCAAGAAAAACUUCGGAAAGAAGAAACUCUUGCAAUGAGGAAUAGGCUAAUCGGCCAGUCAUGUAGACUGUUUUAUUCAGAAGACCCAGUGAAAAUAGUAAGAGCACGAGGACAGUAUUUAUUUGACGAAAAUGGCAAACGCUAUUUGGACUGUAUCAGUAACGUCCAACAUGUGGGUCAUUGUCACCCCGCUAUCACAAAGGCGGCAGCGGCUCAAAUGGACGUCCUGAACACAAAUUCAAGAUUCCUGCAUGACAACAUAGUCCUGUAUGCUGACCGCCUGGCUGCUACCCUGCCCCAGAAACUGUGUGUCUUCUACUUUGUCAACUCUGGUUCAGAGGCCAACGAUCUUGCCCUACGCUUGGCACGUCAGUACACCCAACAUGAAGAUGUCGUAGUUCUUGACCACGCAUACCAUGGGCAUCUAAUGUCUCUCAUCGACAUUAGCCCUUACAAGUUCCGGAAACUGGCGGGACAGAAAGAAUGGGUUCAUGUGGCACCUCUACCAGACACCUACAGAGGUAUAUACAGAGAAGAUCACCCCGACCCAGGCCAAGCAUAUGCUGACACAGUAAAAGACCUUAUAGAGGAUGUGCACAAAAAAGGCCGUAAGAUCUCAGCCUUCUUUGCUGAAUCCCUGCCUAGUGUCGGUGGACAAAUAAUCUUACCCCAAGAAUACUUUCCUAAAGUUGCAGAAUAUGUGCGCUCAGCUGGUGGCGUGUUUGUGGCAGAUGAAGUGCAGACAGGUUUUGGGCGUGUGGGACAUCAUUUCUGGGCUUUUCAGCUUCAGGGAGACGAUUUCUGCCCAGAUAUAGUGACCAUGGGCAAACCGAUGGGCAAUGGGCAUCCCCUGGCAUGCGUAGCAACCACUGCAGAGAUAGCUGGAGCUUUUACAGCCAACGGAGUGGAGUACUUCAAUACGUUCGGCGGGACUCCAGUGUCAUGUGCAAUUGGCCUAGCAGUCCUUGAUGUGAUUGUGGAGGAAGACUUAAGAGGAAAUGCUGUGAGGGUCGGAGCCCACCUUAAAGAUUUGCUCACAAAACUAAAAGCACGACAUGAAAUAAUUGGAGAUGUCAGAGGUGUUGGACUAUUUUUGGGAAUUGAGCUGGUGACUGACAGAGAGAAGAAGACUCCUGCCACAGAAGCUGCAGCGCAUGUGGUCAAGAGGCUGAAGGAGGAGGAUCAAAUAUGUGUCAGUACUGACGGCCCAUGGGAGAAUGUCUUGAAGUUUAAGCCUCCCAUGUGCUUCGGCAUGGAGAAUGCAGAGCUGGUAGUGCAAUGUAUUGAUCGCAUCCUUACAGACAUGAAAGCCAGUGACCUCAAACUGGAAAAGGAAGACAUCUAAGAUCGUACCAGUCACCUCUCUGAUGAGACCCCACAGACUGGAGGUAAACACUACAAGCCAUAACAUAUCAUUGCCACCUGGGAAAUGUAAUCUACCAGAAGAUGACACUUUGAAAUUCCACAGUUUAUAAUAUAAAAUAAAUUAAAAAAAAA